AUGGCUGUUAUUGUAAUUGGAUCGUUGAACUAUGACAUGGUUACGUUCACUGGACGCUCACCGAAACCAGGUGAAACUAUUCGAGGUAAAGGGUUUGAAACACAUGGUGGAGGUAAGGGGUUGAAUCAGGCUCUAGCUACUAAUAAGUUACUACCAAAGAGUCAUACCGGAAUUGUUAAGAUGGUUGGUAACAUUGGAAAGGAUUCAUUUGCUGCGGAGUUGUUGGGCAUUGCUGAAUCUUACGGCUUGGAUACAACCCAUAUUAAGGUUAAUGAAGAUCAACACACUGGCAUAGCUACUAUUAUAGUUGAUGAGUCUACAUGUCAAAAUUGUAUUAUUGUUAGCAGCGGGGCUAAUGAUCUUACAGUUUUGGAUCCUGAUCGCCUCGAAGAGGUAUUUAGUGCUGAAUCUAAAGAUGAGAUAGAAUACGUCAUUUUACAGAAUGAGAUCCCGGAUCCUAGCGGGAUUUUGAGUUGGCUCAAGGAGAAUAGACCAAACAAAGUAUUAGUGUAUAAUCCAUCACCAUUUGUUGCCCUAGAGAAGAAGAGGUGGCUAGAUGUCGAUAUUCUUAUUCUCAAUGAAGUUGAAGCUAUCCAUUUGAUUUCGUCACUCUAUAAAGAAGAUGAAGUGCAGGCAUAUCGCAACAGCAUUCAAGAAGAUGCGGUCAAGGGUUAUAGAAAAGUUUUAUCUGAUCUUACUGAGAUGAAGCUAAUCAAUCAGAGACAAUGUGGGACAAUUAUUAUUACCUUAGGUGCGUUAGGCGUUCUAUUUUCUAGUAAACAAUCACAACUUGUUCAACACAUCGCUGCUGUUCCAGUUAAGGAAGUUGUUGAUACCACUGGAGCUGGAGAUACCUUUUUAGGAGGAGUUAUUUCUCAGCUAUAUCUUGGAAGUGAUCUAGUGAAGGCUUUAGAAUUUGCGGUAAAUGCUAGUUCCAUUGCAAUUACUAGAAAGGGCGCAUCCAGCAGCAUUCCAACAUAUGUUGAAGUGCGUGAAAUUAUGAAUUAA